AUGGGUAAGAAAAAGAAAUGGAAUCGUCCCCUUUGUGAUAACACUAACCAGUGCUUUCCUCAGGGAGAAUUUUGCAUCAAUGUAGAACACCCAGAUUCCAACAACUUCCAAAAUUUUGAGCCUCGGUUGGGUGUAGCUGUACCAAACUGGUCAAGACCUGCUAUUCAGUCACAGCUAAGAUGUGAAAUCUGUGAGCGUGUGUUUCAAUACCCAAGUCAGCUGCGGGAUCAUAUGCUAAUACAUACUCGUGUGCGUAGAUUCGUUUGUCAAGUAUGUGGCAUGAAGUUUAUGAAAGAGCAUCAUCUUAAAGCGCACCAAGCUACUCACAGCUCUGUGAAACCUUUUGCGUGCCCCAUUUGUGGUCGUACAUUUACGUUAAAAGCAAACAUGGAAAGACACACUUACAUUCAUAACACUGAAAGGAGAUUUACAUGUGAGCAAUGUGGGAAAAAGUUUUCGCAGCCUCAAACUUUAAAAAUGCACAUGAUUUCUCACUCUGAUGUUAAACCGUUUGCUUGCAAUAUAUGUGGUAAAGGUUUGUCCAGAGCGCACAAUCUUAGAGCCCAUAUGGCCAUCCAUCGAAAUAAUAAACCUUUUAAAUGCCAUCUGUGUAAUAGUUCAUUUACAUUGAAAGGCAACAUGCAGCGUCACUUAAAAGAAAAGCAUGGUGUCACAGAAGCCGAGAUACCUCAGCACCAAGAAGCUGCACCAAAUUUGUCCAAUGAGAGCUUCAUACUUUCUUUGGAUCCUACUGAUGCAGUUGCCUCACCCGCUGGUUCUCGAAUAAGUGAGGAAGAUAUGUCUCAAAACUGUAAUCAAUCAGCUGAUCUACCUCAAAAUAAUAAACGUAGGAAAAAUCCUCCUAAGAGGGUGAAAUGUGAAACUCCAAAUAGUGAACAUGAAAACAUUAGUAAGAGCUCCCCGAAUGAACAAGACCCUCAUCGGCCACCUGAAUACCAAGGAGCGCCUGUCUCCUCUUCGGUCAAUAGUGUCAUGCCGGCUCCAAACAAUUUCCAACAAGUUCAAUCAAAUGCUUUAGUACCUGUGAACAAUGCUUUUCCCCCCAAUUCUCAGUUGCAAUUGUGCAAUCCACCAAUAAAUGUUGGUAAUCCGUCGGAACAUAAACCAUUUACUCCUUGUGCUUUGCCAAUACAAGCAAGUUUAGGACACUCAGGUUUUGGCCCAGUGUCAGUUGCCAGUUUUUUACCAAGGCCCCCUGGAUUUUACGCUGACAGUGGGAUGUUAACUGUUCCUCCUAACCCAUUUCCUAAUGAAAAUGUAGAAUCCAAAUUGCAAACUAUACACUCUGCUAUAGAUGAUUUAGCUGGUAAACUUUCUUCGCCUCAUGAUAAAGUAAUGGCCAUCCAUGAGGCUCUGGACGAACUCAUACAUUUGCGUCCAGAAAAUCCUGCAAAUAAUUUUAGGUGUGUUAAAAAUGAGCGAAUGGGAAAUUAAGUGAAAUAAAUAUGAAUAGGAUCUUUAUUUAAGACCUUUCAUAUUUUUUUCACAAAAUUUUUAAAUGUUUCAUUUUUAAUAACUUAAAAACAUGUUGUCAAAGAAAAGACAAAUAUUUGUGACUAAAUAUGUUCUCUGUAAUUCAUAAAAAUUAUGGCAAGUGCCAAAACAUUCAUAUUCAUCAUAUUUCAAUCUUCAAAACUAACUAUAAAAAAGGAGCUUUUUUAUGUGGUAUUUUAUGUUUUAUAAAAUGAAUUUUAACCCGAAAAAAAACGUAGUUUAAGUGUGUAAAAUCGUCAUACAUGUGUUACUGUUAGUUUUAAAUGUGCAUAUUCAUUA